AUGCCACAUCCAGCUCACGAUUCUCACAGGUUAUCAGUGAAAACAUGGGAAGAGGAGGAGAGCGAUCAUGUUGAUAGCCCACUUAGCAGAGGGCAGUCGAUGUGUGAUGACUCUUCUUCAGAACUAGAGAGAAUGGCUUCUAUUGACCAGAGAGAUGGCAACUCUCAGAAUUCCCUCCGUGGCCGAGGUGCUCUCUCUAGGAUAGUGAAUAUGGUGAUGACUUUAAGAGAAUGGGCUCAGAAGAGCGUGUCUGAGGAGACUGAGCGGCCUGAUUCUUUUUUGGAGCGUUUUCGGGGACCCGCCCACUUGGACACACACGCCCCACCCAGCCGCUACAGUCAGAGCCAAAAUGGCUCUGAUACAGACAUUGAAAAGAGACGCACAAAAAAAAAGAAGUGUAACAAUGUCAUUUUAGCCCCUUCAGAUGAUGUAUAUUACCACUGGCUGAUGGUGAUUGGUCCUGCUGUUUUUUAUAACUGGACUAUAUUAGUUGUCAGGGCCUGUUUUGAUGAGCUGCAGAUGAGGAAUGUUUUGGUUUGGCUAGUCAUGGACUACAUCUGCGAUGGAAUCUACAUCCUCGAUAUAGCUGUACGUCUCCACACAGGUUUCUUAGAGCAAGGACUGAUGGUGAAAGAUGGGCACCGUUUAAGGGAAACCUAUAUUCGAACCUUACAGUGUAAGCUUGACAUCUGCUCCAUCCUUCCCACUGAUCUGUUGUAUUUGACUUUUGGAGUCAGUCACACGCCCCUUCUUCGAUUCAAUCGCCUGCUUCGUCUACCACGGCUGUUUGAAUUCUUCGAACGUACCGAAACAAGAACAGGCUACCCAAAUACCUUUCGCAUCUGUAAACUCGUUGUAUACAUUUUGGUGAUCAUCCACUGGAAUGCCUGUGGAUACUACAGCUUCUCUAAAGCUUUGGGACUGGGCUCUGACUCUUGGGUAUAUCCCAAUGCCUCAGAUCCAGAGUUUGCCUCCCUGACAAGAAGCUAUAUAUACUGCUUGUACUGGUCCACUUUAACGCUGACAACCAUUGGAGAGACUCCACCUCCUGUGAGAGAUGAGGAGUAUCUCUUUCUGAUAUUUGACUUUCUGGUAGGCAUUCUAAUUUUUGCCUCCAUUGUUGGGAAUAUCGGAGCCAUGAUAUCGAAUAUGAAUGCCACGAGAGCAGGCUUUCAGGCUCGUGUUGAUUCGCUGAAAAAUUACAUGCACUUCCGGCAUGUCAACAAGGUGUUAGAGCAACGUGUCAUGCGGUGGUUCGACUACCUCUGGACUAAUAAGAAGACGAUCGAUGAACAGGAAGUGCUCAGAAGCUUACCCAGUAAACUAAGAGCAGAGAUUGCAAUCAAUGUUCACCUGGACACACUGAAGAAAGUUCGUAUUUUCCAAGACUGUGAGGCUGGUCUUUUGGUAGAGUUGGUGCUCAAGCUUCGACCACAGGUUUUCAGUCCAGGGGACUACAUCUGUAGAAAGGGAGAUGUGGGUAAGGAGAUGUAUAUAAUCAAAGAUGGUCGUCUCGCUGUGGUGGGAGAAGAUGGAGAGACCCAGCUAGCUGUCCUCACAGCGGGUAGCUGUUUCGGAGAAAUAAGCAUCCUAAAUAUCAGCGGCAGCAAAAUGGGCAACAGACGUACAGCUAAUAUUCGCAGUCUUGGAUACUCUGACCUUUUCUGCCUUUCAAAACAAGACCUGAUGGAUGCGCUACAGGAGUUCCCCCACGCCAGGGCGCAACUCGAGCAGAGGGGUCGGGAUAUUUUGCUGAAGGAGGGGCUCCUGGAAGAAGUCAGUGUGUCUGCCGGGGAGGAGCUGGAGGAGAAGGUUGAUAGGCUAGAGACUAGUAUGGAUCGACUACAGACAUGUUUGGCACGCCUCCAGAGUGAGUUCAACUCUGCUCAGCUUCGAAUGAAACAGCGCAUGACAGCCCUCGAGCACAACAUCACCUCAGUAACCACUGGCAGUGGUUUUCUGUCAGACAUAGACUGCAAUGACAGCGCCUCUGGUGGCGACGGAAUGCGAAGCCAAAUAAAUAUUCGGCUCUAA